GGCACUGCGCAUGCUCGGCGCGUCGGCGCAGGUUUCCGCAGCUGAGCGGGCAGCUCCGCGGCGGCGUCCGGGGUCUCCAGUAGCGCUGAGGCUCCGGUGCUCGCACAAUCCCCCGCCUCGGCUGGCAACGGGCGUCCCUCCACUCUCCGAGUCCCUGGCAGCCGCCGCCACCCCAGCGCGCCCUGAUCUGGCCCCCUGCCCCGCGAAGAUGGCUGCCGUACGCCGGGCCCGCAAUUAUUGCCGCUGCCUGGUGCGCUUCUCCGACCGAGAACUCUGCUAAGCUCCGCUGCAGAGACAGGCAGGAGUAGACACCCGGACACCCAGCACCCCUCCUUCGGGGGGCGGUGCAGAGGGGGCACGGAGAGCCCCUCGAGCGCAGCAGGCCGCCCCGCCAGCAUGGCAGAAGCUGAGGAAGAUUGUCAUUCUGAUACUGUCAGAGCAGAUGAUGAUGAAGAAAAUGAAAGUCCUGCUGAAACAGAUCUGCAGGCACAACUCCAGAUGUUCCGAGCUCAGUGGAUGUUUGAACUUGCUCCAGGUGUAAGCUCUAGCAAUUUAGAAAAUCGACCUUGCAGAGCAGCAAGAGGCUGUAUCCAGAAAACAGCGGCAGAUACCAAAGGAAAACAAGAACAGGCAAAAGAAGAAAAGGCUCGAGAACUCUUCCUAAAAGCAGUAGAAGAAGAACAAAAUGGAGCUCUCUAUGAAGCCAUCAAGUUUUAUCGUAGGGCUAUGCAACUUGUACCUGAUAUAGAGUUCAAGAUUACUUAUACCCGGUCUCCAGAUGGUGAUGGCGUUGGAAACAGCUACAUUGAAGAUAAUGAUGAUGAUAGCAAAAUGGCAGAUCUCUUGUCCUACUUCCAGCAGCAACUCACAUUUCAGGAGUCUGUGCUCAAACUGUGUCAGCCUGAGCUUGAGAGCAGUCAGACUCACAUAUCAGUGCUGCCAAUGGAGGUCCUGAUGUACAUCUUCCGAUGGGUGGUGUCUAGUGACUUGGACCUCAGAUCACUGGAGCAGUUGUCACUGGUGUGCAGAGGAUUCUACAUCUGUGCCAGAGACCCUGAAAUAUGGCGUCUGGCUUGCUUGAAAGUUUGGGGCAGAAGCUGUAUUAAACUUGUUCCAUACACGUCCUGGAGAGAGAUGUUUUUAGAACGGCCUCGUGUUCGGUUUGAUGGAGUGUAUAUCAGUAAAACCACAUAUAUUCGUCAAGGGGAACAGUCUCUUGAUGGUUUCUAUAGAGCCUGGCACCAAGUGGAAUAUUACAGGUACAUAAGAUUCUUUCCUGAUGGCCAUGUGAUGAUGUUGACAACCCCUGAAGAGCCUCAGUCCAUUGUUCCACGUUUAAGAAGCAGGAAUACCAGGACUGAUGCAAUUCUACUGGGUCACUAUCGCUUGUCACAAGACACAGACAAUCAGACCAAAGUAUUUGCUGUGAUAACUAAGAAAAAAGAAGAAAAACCACUUGACUAUAAAUACAGAUAUUUUCGUCGUGUCCCUGUACAAGAAGCAGAUCAGAGUUUUCAUGUGGGGCUACAGCUAUGUUCCAGUGGCCACCAGAGGUUCAACAAACUCAUCUGGAUACAUCAUUCUUGUCACAUUACUUACAAAUCAACUGGUGAGACUGCAGUGAGUGCUUUUGAGAUUGACAAGAUGUACACCCCCUUGUUCUUCGCCAGAGUAAGGAGCUACACAGCUUUCUCAGAAAGGCCUCUGUAGAGCCUCAAGUCCAGUCCUCUAUCACUUUUGCAUGAAUUAAAGUAUAUAGCGCAAAAGAGCACCUAAGUUAUAAAUGUAUAUAUAUAUAUAUAUGGAAUUGGAACUUAUUUUAAAUUGUUGGAGUUCUUUUAAGAAGAAUAUAAAUUGAUUAUUUUUUUUAUUUAGAGGGAUAGUUGAUUCUUGGGGUGUUUUGAAAUUAAGUUGGAAUUAAGUUGCUUAAGCAUAUUUAUGUUGUGAGAAACCUUAAUAUGAGGUUUAUCAUGCCCUUUUUCGAGCAGAUUUAUGAGCAGAUUUCUGUCACAUAAGUCGUCUUCUGCUUGAGCAUCCUAAUAUUUAAAUGCGUCAGGGGAGCGCUCCACUGGAUAAGCAUUUUAUUUCCCGCAUGGCAUAAUGUUUUUGCACUAAAGGCUCAAAGUGUGAGAACCUGUUCUGGAUUUGUUUGAAAUUAUUUCACCAAUAAAGAUCAUAAAUAAAUGUUUCUUUCAAGAAAAUA